AAAAACUUAUUCCUAUAGUAUUUUUUGCACAAUUUCAGACAAAAACUCAAAUUAUUUGAUUGUAAAAUGGAAUGGCCUCAAUUCAAUUUAGAUAUACUUUUGUUGAUAUGCAAUUAAUAACAGCAGGUAUUAAUGUGAAUUACAUUUAGUGAACAUCAUGAUAGUAGUUAAAUAGAAACAGGAAUACUUAAUUUUGCCCAUCUGUAAUUAUUAGAAGCAAUACAAAUUCAACACCUAGUAAAGGUAUAGUUUGUUGCAGUUUUUUUUAGCACAUUGUUUUAAUUACACUAUGGGGUUGAGCACAAUGCAAGAUCUCCCUAUUAGUAAUGUUUCAUUUACAACUUUCCAACUGAAUGGUUUCAGUUCGUUGGGAGAAUGGCGGCGUUUUCUGUUCAUCCCAUAUUUUCUGAUGUUUUUAUUGUGUACCACUGCAAACUCAUUUCUGAUAUUUCUAAUCAUAACCAAGAGAGCUCUGCACUCUCCAAUGUUCGUAUUAAUUGGUUUAUUGGCUGUUGUGGAUCUGCUUAUGCCGAUGAUUUUUGUACCAAACAUGCUGCUAAUGUUUUUAUUUGGCUGGAAUCAGAUUUCUCUUGUGGGCUGUUUAAUGCAGAUAUUUUGGAUUCAGUUUGUCGGCACUUUACAGUCUGGUUUAUUGCUGUUGAUGUGUUUGGAUCGGUUCUUUGCUAUAUGCAGACCCCUUUCUUAUCAUAAACACAUGCAAGCAGCCAAUGUUCUUAAGUUCAUUAUUGCGCCAUUAAUCAGAAAUGCGCUACUGAAUAUUGUUGUGGUUUCUUUGGCAGGAAGAUUGAAUUUUUGUAUGAAAAAUGAGAUCGAUCACUGUUUUUGUGAGCACAUGGGAUUGGUCCAACUGGCAUGUGGAGAUACAUCUGUUAACAACAUAGCAGGACUUACAACUGCCUUUCUUAUACCAACUGUGGAUUUUAUGCUUAUUGCUGUAUCAUAUGUCAUAAUAUUUACCUCUGUCAUAAAAUCCGGGAAAUCCAGCUCAAAGGCUCUCAACACCUGUAUUACACACAUUAUUGUGAUCGCAGUUACUUUGGUUUUAGUCUUGACAGCUUUUUUGUCAUACAGGACUAAAAAUAAUGUUUCUCCUUACAACCGUAUUUUUAUAAGCACUAUGUAUGUGCUUUUUCCAAGCUGUUUCAACCCAAUUAUUUAUGGCGUGAGAACAAAAGAAAUCAGACUGCAGUUUUUAAAAAUCUUUAAAAGGGUGAAAAUCUUAGCACAAUAAUUUAGUGAUGUAAAAACUACUCAUAAUUAUAAUAGAAGUCUAAAGUGUGUCUCACAAUAAAAUGUAUCUCACAAUGUUUUUCAUUUUUAGUUUUUAAUAAAAAAAAACAUGCAUGA